AUGAACAAUUACACCACAGUGAACACUUUCCUUCUGUGGGGCUUUUCCAGUUUCCCAAAACUAAAGAAUCUACUCUUUGUGAUGAUUUUGUCCUGCCAUGUGACAAUUCUGUUUGCAAACGUGUCCAUAAUGGUGGCCAUCAAACUCAGUCAAAACCUUCACACCCCCAUGUACUUUCUUCUAUUUAGUCUGUCUUUUUCAGAAAGUUGUAUCACCAUGGUAGUCAUUCCUCGCAUGUUAGUGGACUUGCUCUCAGAGAGCAAGACCAUUUCUCUUCCUGAGUGUGCCACACAGAUGUUUUUCUUCUCUGGUCUGGCAUCCAACAACUGUUUCAUCAUGGCAGCCAUGUCCUAUGACCGUUAUACGGCCAUCCAGAACCCAUUGCAUUAUCAUGCCCUUAUGACAAGAAAGAUCUGCUUUCAGCUUGUGAUGGCCUCCUCAGUGGCUGGGUUCCUGAUUUCUCUGUGCAUCACCACCAUGAUAUUCAACCUGUCUUUUUGUGAUUCCAACAACAUACGGCAUUUCUUUUGUGACAUUUCACCUGUGGCUCAUCUUGCAUGUGAUUAUACUUCUUAUCACGAAAUGAUUAUUUUUGUGCUCUCUGCCUUUGUGCUAGUGGGAAGUUUUAUUUUAAUUAUGAUUUCCUACAUCUUCAUCGUGUCCAUAGUUGUGAAGAUGCCUUCUGCAAAGGGGAGGUAUAAAGCCUUCUCCACCUGCUCCUCCCACCUCACUGUGGUGUGUGUACACUAUGGAUUCGCUUGCUUUGUCUAUCUGAGGCCUAAGAGCAGUGACUCCUUCACUGGAGACAUGCUGAUGGCUGUGACAUACACAGUGCUGACUCCUCUGCUUAACCCCAUUGUUUAUAGCCUAAGAAACAAAGAGAUGCAGAUAGCUCUAAGGAGAGUACUACAAGGUGUAUUUAAGUUUUUCUCUCAGUUGACUAAUAGAAAACCCUUGAAUAUUUAA